AUGGCUGCGGUGCGUAAGAGCAGGUCCUCCAGAGAAGGAUCCUUGAUGGGACGUGACGAGGAGGAGAUGCCCUUCUUGGAGAAGGAAAUCAAGGGCUACAAGCAGGUCAUUUGCCAGCCUGCCAGCUUGCUCCUGGUGUUCGUGCCAUUUGGUUUCAUGGGCCGCACCAUGGAGUGGACACUCGGUCAAAGAGCCUUAAGGCAGUGCGCUGACAGCAUGAUGCUCAUCUAG